GACCAAGCAAUUCAGCGAGUUCCCUUCCCACUUUUGUUACUGCAGGAAGGCACUCCGCAGGGAUAAGAUUGUGAAACAUGGCUGAGGAUAAAGGCAAGAGAGAUUCCAUUGGAAUAAGUAUGAAGGGAGGCCGGACAAACAACGGGUUUGUACAAAAUGAAGACAUCCUGGAGACGGACCCGGACCCAGGCAGCCCAGAGGACAGCCCACAGCACAACGCCGUGGACAUCUUUGGCCCUGCGGAGCCCGACUUGAAGGAUGUCCGGCCCUACGUGGGGAUGCCCAAGGAGGUGCUGUUCCGGUUCUCGGGCCAGGCCCGCUACCGGGUGCCCCGGGAGAUCCUCUUCUGGCUCACCGUGGCUUCUGUGCUCGUGCUCAUUGCGGCCACCAUAGGCAUCAUUGCCAUCUCUCCCAAGUGCCUGGACUGGUGGCAGGCGGGGCCCAUGUACCGGAUCUACCCGAGGUCUUUCAAGGACAGCGACAAGGAUGGGAACGGAGAUCUAAAAGGUAUUCAAGAUAAGCUAGAUUACAUCACAACUUUAAAUAUAAAAACCAUUUGGAUUACUUCAUUUUAUAAAUCAUCCCUUAAAGAUUUCCGAUAUGGUGUUGAAGAUUUCCAAGAAAUCGAUCCCAUUUUCGGAACAAUGAAAAAUUUUGAGAAUCUGGUUGCAGCCAUACAUGAUAAAGGUUUAAAAUUAAUCAUCGAUUUCAUACCAAACCACACCAGUGAUAAACAUGCUUGGUUUCAAUGGAGUCGGAACCGGACAGGGAAAUAUACUGAUUAUUAUAUCUGGCAUGACUGUACCCGUGAAAAUGGCAAAACCAUACCGCCCAACAACUGGUUAAGUGUAUAUGGAAACUCCAGUUGGCACUUUGAUGAAGUACGAAGCCAAUGCUAUUUUCAUCAGUUUAUGAAAGAGCAACCUGAUUUAAAUUUCCGUAAUCCUGAUGUUCAAGAAGAAAUCAAAGAAAUUAUACAGUUUUGGCUCUCAAAGGGUGUCGAUGGCUUUAGCUUCGAUGCUGUUCAAUUUCUUCUAGAAGCAAAGCAUCUGAGAGACGAGUCCCAAGUGAAUAAGACCCAAAUCCCGGACACAGUCACUCACUACUCGGAGCUGUACCAUGACUUCACCACCACACAGGUGGGAAUGCACGACAUUGUCCGCAGCUUCCGGCAGACAAUGGACCAGUACAGCAGGGAGCCUGGGAGAUACAGGUUCAUGGGGACUGAAGCCCAUGGAGAGAACAUUGCCAAGACCAUGAUGUACUACGGUCUGCCUUUUAUCCAAGAAGCAGAUUUUCCCUUCAACAGUUACCUCGGUAAACUAGACAUGCCUUCUGGGAACAGUGUGUUUGAGGUUAUCAAAUCCUGGAUGGAAAACAUGCCAGAAGGAAAAUGGCCUAAUUGGAUGACUGGCGGACCAGACAAUGACCGGCUGACUUCUCGUCUGGGGAAACAAUAUGUCAACAUCAUGAACAUGCUUGUGUUCACACUGCCUGGAACUCCCAUAACUUACUACGGGGAAGAAAUAGGAAUGAGAAAUAUAUUAGCCACAGAUCUCAAUGAAACCUAUGAUGUUGAUACUCUUCUCUCAAAGUCACCAAUGCAGUGGGACAAUAGCUCAAAUGCUGGUUUUUCUGAAGGCAAUCACACCUGGUUACCCACCAGUUCAGAUUACCACACUGUGAAUGUUGAUGUCCAAAAGACUCAGCCCGGAUCAGCACUGAAGUUAUAUCAAGAAUUAAGUCUGCUUCAUGCCAAUGAGCUGCUCCUCAGCAGGGGCUGGUUUUGCUACUUGAGGAAUGACAACCACUCUGUUGUGUACACAAGAGAGCUGGACGGCAUAGACAGAGUCUUCCUCAUGGUUCUGAAUUUUGGAAAAUUAUCACUGCUAAAUCUGAAGGAAAUGAUUUCAGAUAUUCCCACAAGAGUAAGGAUAAGGUUAAGUACCAAUUCUGCCUACCAAGGCCGUGAAGUUGAUACGCAUGCCAUUACACUGGACAAAGGAGAAGGACUCAUCCUUGAAUACAACACGAGGAAUCUCCUUCAUCGCCAAACAGCAUUCCAAGAUAGAUGUUUUGUUUCCAACCGGGCAUGCUAUUCCAGUGUAUUGAACAUACUGUACAGCUUGUGUUAGGCACCUAUGUGAAAGAGACGGCAACGCUGGCAUUCUGUUCUAUUGUAAGCAUUUGCAGUAACUUCACGUACAGCAGCAUGCUGCUGCGUGAACUUUAUGAACGGUAAUUAAUUCUUAGACAUUUCUGUAGCUUGAGUGAAACUGCUUUAGGAUAGGUUCUCAAAUGUUUUUCAAGAAUAAUAAAGUGUUUAAAAG